AUGGAGACGGUCGAUUUGACAGUCAUCGGUGCCGGCUGGAGUGGCCUCGCGGCCAUCAAGACCUAUCUCCAGGUCAACCCGUCCAGCAAUGUGAUUCUCCUUGAGGCUGCCUCGUCGAUUGGAGGCGUGUGGGCCAAGCACCGGCUGUACAAAGGCCUCAAAUCCAACAACAUGCUGGGCACCUACGAGUUCAGCGAUUUCCCCAUGGACCCAGACACUUUUGGUGUCCAACCGGGCCAGCAUAUUCCUGGCCAGGUCAUCCAGCAGUACAUGGAGAAAUUCGCCGAGCAUUUCCAGUUCCGCGAUCGCAUCCGGCUCAACACGCGCGUGCGAUCGGCCGAACACCGUCCGGACGGCACCUGGCUGUUGACUACAGAGCACCAAGGCGAAGUCAGGGAGGUGGUGACGCGCAAACUCAUCGUCGCGACCGGCAUCACUUCGCAGGCCUACCUGCCCGACUUCCCCGGCCAGGAGACCUUCGACGCGCCGCUCUUCCACUGCCGCGAUCUCCUCCAGUACGAAGCCGAGGUCCUUCAGGAUGGCCGGCGCAUCACUGUCUUCGGCGGCACCAAAUCCGCCUGGGACGCCGUCUACGCGGCCGCCACGUCCGGCGCACAGGUCGACUGGGUGAUCCGCGAGAACGGCCACGGCCCUGUGUGGAUGGCGCCGCCGUACGUCACCCCGCUGAAGAAGUGGCUCGAGAAACUGGUCACCACGCGCCUCCUGACCUUCUUCAGCCCCUGCAUCUGGGGCCACGCCGACGGCUACCCGCGCAUCCGCCGCUUCCUGCACGGCACCUGGCUCGGCCGCAAGAUCGUCGACGCUUUUUGGGGCGUUCUCGCCAACGACGUCAUCCAGCUGAACCGCUACGACGCCCACCCGGAGACCGCCAAGCUCAAGCCCUGGAUCAGCCCCUUCUGGAUCGCCUCCAGCCUCAGCAUCCUCAACUACCCAACCGACUUCUUUGACCUCGUCCGCUCCGGCGCCGUCCGCGUCCAUGUCGCCAACAUCAGCCGCCUCUCCCCGGGAACCGUCCAUCUCUCCUCCGGCACGGACCUCCCCUCCUCCGCCCUCAUCUGCUCCACAGGCUGGAAAGCCACCCCAAACCUCGACUUCCUCCCGCCAGGUUUGGACACCGACUGCGGCUUCCCCUGGGCGGCAGACCCCAUCCCAGAGGACCUCCUCGCCGCCGCCGACGACGAAAUCCUCCGCCGGUUCCCCCGGCUACGCAACCAGCCCGCCCCGCCCAAGGACUACGCGCCGCUUGCUCCGGAUGCGCCCGCGACAGCUGCGCAUCCCUUCCGCCUGGCCCGGUUCAUGGUGCCGUGUUCGUUGGCGAGGGAGCGCUCCCUGGCGUUUAUGGGAAUCGCGAUGACGAUCAACACGACGCUGCUUGCGCAGGCGCAGGCGCUGUGGAUUACUGCGUUUUUCGGGGGCAGCCCGGUGCUGCGGCCGGCGGAGAGGUGUCCGUCUGCGCUGCGGGCUAUCGACCGGGAUGGAGACGCAGACGCAGACAAGCUGGACGAAAAGCGCGAGGAAAUGGAUCUGGUGUGGGAGACGGCGCUGCAUAGUCAGUUUGGCAAGUGGCGGUAUCCCGGGGGCUUUGGGAAGCGGAACCCGGAUUUUGUGUUUGAUGCGAUCCCGUAUGUGGAUUUGCUGUUGAAUGAUUUGGGGGUGAGGAGUGUGCGCAAGGCCGGAAUCUUAGGGAAGGUGUUGAGUCCGUAUGGGAUGGAGGAUUAUCGGGGGUUGGUGGAGGAGUGGAUGGCUGCCCGCCAGUAA